UAAAACACCAACACACUUAGCUCCAGAAACUCACACACCCACUAUCUGCUUAGUUUCUCUUCUGUUCUUUCAUAAUUCUCAUGGCCUCAUCAUCAUCUUCUUCCUCUUCUCUAAACUUUACAGUGCGAAGGUGCGAACCAGAGCUGGUGCCUCCUGCUAUCCCCACUCCUCAUGAAGUUAAACUACUUUCCGACAUUGAUGAUCAAGAUGGUCUGCGUUUCCACAUUCCGUUGAUACAAAUUUACCGAAAGCACGCAUCGACGGCAGAGAAAGACCCAGUUCAAGUGAUUCGACAAGCACUGUCGCAAACACUUGUCUUCUAUUACCCAUUUGCGGGUAGGCUCAGAGAGGGGCCUCACCGCAAAUUGAUGGUGGAUUGCAACGGAGAAGGUGUCAUGUUCAUUGAAGCUGAUGCUGACGUCACACUCGAUGAGUUCGGUGAUUCUCUCCACCCUCCAUUCCCAUGCUUCCAUGAACUGUUAUACCAUGUUCCUGUCUCACAGCAAGUUACCAACAUCCCCCUUCUACUCGUACAGGUGACACGCCUUAGGUGCGGUGGUUUCAUCUUGGCCUUCUCCUUCAACCACACCAUGUGUGACGGAACUGGUUUUUCACAAUUCGUGAACACCUGGGCUGAAAUAGCUCGCGGUGCAACCAAACCUUCCAAUCCCCCGGUUUGGCGUAGGGAGCUUCUCAUGGCAAGAGACCCACCUCGCAUCACAUGCAACCAUCGCGAAUACGAACAUGUUCCAGACACAGUCAAAGGAACCGUCGCAUCAAACGACCAUGACAUGGUUCUUCGAUCGUUCUUCUUCGGACCUUCCCAAAUAGCCGCUCUUCGUGGCUUGAUUCCACCCCACCUUCAUCACUGUUCCACUUUUGAUCUCAUCACAGCAUGCUUCUGGCGCUGUCGUACAAAAGCGUUGCAGAUAGAGGCAGAAGAGGAUGUUCGCAUGAUGGUGAUAGUGAACGCACGUGCAAAGUUCAAUCCUCCUUUACCCGUUGGUUACUACGGCAAUGCUUUUGCGUACCCUGCAGCAGUUACCACCGCAGGGAAGCUUCGUGAGAAUCCGUUUGGGUAUGCAGUGAAUUUGAUAAAUAAAGUGAAGGGUGAGGUGACAGAAGAGUACAUGCAUUCUGUGGCGGAUCUCAUGGUGUCUAAGGGACGCUGCUUAUUCACAACGACGAGAUCGUUUAUUGUGUCCGAUUUGAGACGUUUUAGUUUGAGAGAAAUUGAUUUUGGGUGGGGUAAUGCAUUGUAUGGUGGAGUAGCCAAAGCUGGGGCUGGAGCAUUUCCUGCAGUAAUAUUUCUGAUGUCGCAUGAGAAUGCAAAUGGAGAAGAAGGUGCAUUGAUACCAAUUUGGUUGCCUGCCAAAGCCAUGGAAAAGUUUGAACACGAGUUAUAUGACAUGCUUCGAAAAUAAAACCAUGAAUUUGCUCUAGUAUUGGCAUUAAUGUGUUUCCACUUGGGACUGAUUUUUGAUUAUGAGGAGAAUGUGAUGUUAGGGGUAGAAGUUGUCCAGCCAUGAAUUUCAGGCAAUUCAAUGAUGUGUCCACACUUGCUACACACAUGGUAUAAAUGUCGUACUUAUUUUCAUAAAAAAUAUAGUAGUGGUAAAAAUUUAAUGUGAUGUAAAAUCAAACCAGCUAUCAUUAAA